GUUAGCUUCCGUGGGUCCAUGGUGUCCUGUCAGGUCCGGCACACAGCGCGCUGCAUGUGGGAGACAGAGAAACCUCACGUCACCUGGCACCUUUGUUUACGUGUUAAUGCUCAGAGAGUGGCGGUAGAGCAGCCGUCCAAGAAGAAGACAGCCAAUCAGAGCAAAGAAGGCGGAUUAAGCAACUCCACCUGACAAGCAAGACUCAGGGCAGCAGCCUGAUUCUCCAUUAGAAUGAAUGCUGCCUAACAAACAUGGAGACAGCAGACAAACUGUGACCGCCAACGAACAGCUGAUUUAACUCUAAACGAGACUUUAACGCCGCGGGGACGACAUGCUGUGACAGCCGCUGUCCUCCACUUGUUGUGACCAUGUUGCCCUCAAACAGCAACACCUUGGUCAGGUGUGCUGUCAGGCUGCUGCCCCGCAGGAGCUGGGGUCGAGGAUGUGUCUGGUGCCCGAGCAGGAAAAUCUCUGUGAAACCAGGAGGUUUGAAACCAAAGACGGUUCCUCCUCGGUACCUGGGCCAGCCCAGCCCGUUCACUCAUCCACACCUCAUCAAACAUGGUGAGGUGACCCCGGGCUUGAGUCAGGUUGAAUUCGAGCUCCGCAGACACAGACUGGCCUCACUUAUCGAGGCCCAGGCGGAGAAACUGGGACCUUCUGCCUCCUCUAGCACCCAUGUGGUCAUUGUUUUAUCCCAUCCAACCCGCUACAUGACCAAUGACAUCCCUUAUCCUUUCCACCAGAACCAGGAUUUCCUCUACCUCAGUGGCAUCUUAGAGCCUGACAGUGCUUUGGUCCUUCAUGGGAAAGGACGACCAGACCAGGCCAUCUUGUUUGUACCCCGCAGAGACCCUGGCAGAGAGCUGUGGGACGGGCCCCGGUCAGGGAAGGAUGGGGCGGCUGCUUUGACCGGCAUAGAGAGAGUUCAUAGCACAGAAGAACUGGGUCUUGUGCUGAAGACUCUUAAAGGGUCUGUGCUGUGGUACGACAGUUCUCAGCCCACCCACCCUCAGCUCCACCAGACUCAUGUGUGUCCCGUGUUGGAGGCGGGGCCGAUGCCGCACACUCUCAGGCCCCUCAUACACUCUCUCAGGGCCAUCAAGAGCUCAGCAGAGGUGGCGCUGAUGCAAGAAGCGGGUCACAUCACAGCACAGGCUUUUAGGAGGACGAUGACUCUGUCUCAAGGAGACGUGGAUGAAGCCGUGCUCUUUGCUAAGUUUGAUUUUGAGAAUCGGAUCCAUGGCGCCAACUUCUUGGCCUACCCGCCUGUUGUUGCUGGAGGGAAUCGAGCCAAUACUCUGCACUACAUAAACAACAACCAGAUUAUCAAGGAUGGUGAAAUGGUGCUGCUUGAUGGUGGUUGUGAAUACUUUGGUUAUGUCAGUGAUAUCACUCGAACGUGGCCAGUGAAUGGAAGAUUCAGCCCUGCCCAGGCUGAGCUGUACGAGGCCGUCCUGGAGGUCCAGCGCUCGUGUUUGUCUCUGUGUUCCCCAGGCGUCAGUCUGGAUCACAUCUACAGUACCAUGCUGGCUCUGCUGGGGCGACAGCUCAGACGGCUAGACAUCGUCAAGGCCAGCUCGAGUGAUGCUGAUGUACUGAAGGCUGCACGUCGGUACUGCCCCCACCAUGUUGGCCAUUACCUGGGCAUGGAUGUCCAUGACACUUCUGAGCUGUCCCGCUCACAACCUCUACAGCCAGGAAUGGCCAUCACUAUAGAACCAGGGUUGUACAUCCGCGAGGACAACGACCAGGUGCCAGAGCGUUUCCGCGGCCUGGGAGUCAGGAUUGAGGAUGACGUGGUCAUCCGAGACAAGGGAGGCCCGCUCAUUCUGUCCCGUGACGCACCAAAGACCAUCGCUGAUGUCGAGAAGGCCUGUGCCCAGAGAUAGGGCAGGGAGAGACAGACAGGCGACCCGACUGAGCCUCAGCAUCGAUGGCAGGCAGUGUGCUGUCCUUUUUUACCGUCUCCAUGGUGAUGACAUCAUCAGGCUCAGGGCCCAGGUACAUGGAAGGUGGGAGCAGGACUCUGGUUUUAGUCUCAGCAAGGCCUCAAAAAUGUUGAAAUCCGGUGUGGAAGAUCAUAGCUUUUGCAGAUCCUGCUGGUUUCUUUAAACAGGCAAAGGUUGGUUUAGUUGUGAGGAGCCUACACAUGUAUACUACUACGCUGUAGUUGAUGUAUUCAGCUGGACUACAGCAGCUACAGCCAUAGUACAUGAGAUUAAUCCUGAUCAUGUAUAAUACAAUACAUCCAUCUUGUGUUGUAAUGGUGCUACCAGUGGGUGAAAGCCGACGCUGAACUAUAGAUAAAAACUUAGAAACAACAAAUGACCUCUUGCAUCAAGUUCUUCAGAUGAAGAUUCGAUGGUUUGAGCCAACAACCAUGCUAGCAUCAUUCUUUAAAUCCACAGUAUUUGCUCCACAUUAUGUUUUUCACCAUCAUGGCACACCAAGAUAUAGCUGUUCGUUUGUCGUCUUACUCAUAAAGACCAUUUAAAGGCCUACAUACACACAGUUCAUCUGCCUCUUGCACACAGAAAUACGUCACUCUCUUCCAGCUCAUGCAGUGCAAAAGAUCAGAACGCCAAAUGACUCAACAUGCACUCACUGUGCCGUCACUGAGCAACACAACCACCGGGUUUAGACCCAGAAGUGAUGAAUAAAGAGGAACACAUCUUAAACCUCUGCUCCUGGUGAACCUGGAGUGAUAGUAAUGAUUCCACCAAUGCACUGAAAUGGCCUCAAAGUGUACAAUGAAGAGAGUUUAAGUGUGUUGUUGUGUAUGUGUGUGUUUGGGAAUUAUUGUUUUUUUCAGCAGAGAGAGAAUUGUGUUUCAGAGAUGUUUAUAUGUAUGAAAAAGAUCUCAUAAUUCUAAGUGUUUAAUAACUAAUGAAAUAAAACUGUUGGUUUGAUUCAGGUUACUCGUGGAGGACGACUUGAUGUGAAAAAUGAUGAUGGUAGUGGCUACGUUAAAAUAAGCUGCAAAACCUGUGACUGUAAUACAAAUAGAAAUGAGGGUUACAUAGCCUCUAGGUUGUUUGUGCAUUUUGCAGCUACUGUAGUCUCACCUUCAUGCUUGGAACAGGAGGGUGAGGCGAACAGCAAGUACACUGCAAAAUGUCACUAAAUCUCUCACACUGGUCUUUUAAGUACCAAAAUGAGCUUGGAAAACGUCAGUCCAAGAUAAUUCAGACAUCGCGAUCGUCGUCCUUCCUCCUACUUUUCACACACGUGAUUUGCCUUAUUAAUUGUACUGUGUAAUGUUGAAAUCUGUCAUUGCAUGGUUUUAUCAGACAAUUGAUUGCAGAUAUUCUCAUCACAUGCAAGGUAGAUGACAUGUUGUUGUAUUGAUAGAAUGCUCUUUACUGUGCUGAUUAAGGGGACUGAGUAUUUGUCAGUCAUGGUGCCUUCCAGCUCCACUACCACAGCAAUCCCAUCACUUCACUACUGAAUGGAUGUAAAAGUCUCCCUCCAUACAAAAAUGUGCUUUUUCUUGUUGUUGCUUCACUUGAACUUUUUACUGUUU